CCUCCUUCCCCCCUCCCGGCUUCCCACUCCAAGGACUAUUCAACAGUCACGUGUCCUCCCGAACGAGGUGAGAGCCCAGCGAGAGGUCCGAUGUGAGUCCGAUGAGAACCCGGUGGGACGAGAGUUGUGAAUGGUUAAUACCUGACAUUACUUUAUGUCGCCUUUGCGUUCGCCCCCUCUCCCCUUGGACUCUCCUCUCCCUUUCCCUCUCGUCGCAGCUAUCCCGCCACCAAUUAAUACCUGCCCGAUCGACCGUCCCAUCUGACAACCCACGUGUGUCGUCGCAUUUCUUCUCGCUCGAGUUCCGGGCGACAUUUCUAACCAGCCCUAUCCUGUUGACCAGGCCCGAAUGAUUCCUCCUUUCUAGAUUUGGUGCCCAACGAGGUGGUACUGAUUAUCAGGCUGGAAGGCUAUGGUUGCUUCCCCGAUAUAUCGAUAUUGAUAGUCGCUUCUUGGUUCUUCAAGUCCGGUAACAUCGAGAUCAUGGAUACUAAACAUCGGGAGCGUCAAGUGAAUGAGGAGACACACGCAACCCCCCGUUGGCGACGCGAUGGGAGCCGGCGAUGGCGUGUCGCAUCCGCCGUCAGUUUGGCAAUAGCGGCAGUACUGACCUUGCGGCUAUGGGGACUCGACGUCGCAUCUCGAGUUCUUGUCGGUGGGCCAUCGUGCGCGCCCGAUCAAUUCGAACUCUACGAGCACCUAGGGAACCUCUCCCCUUUCUUCGUCCCACCAAACACACCAGGGUCGCUGGCUCAGGGAACACCGCCAGGAUGCACUGUGUCAAAGCUGUUUCUUGUUCACCGGCAUGGUAGUCGACACCCCCAUCCAGAUGAGCUCGCAGUCAUCGAGGAGCUCGAGCGCCACAUUCAUAAAAAUCGAGACCUGUUUUCGAACCCCCGCGCGCCGAUCCCAGAUGGCUGGUCCUUCCUGGGCGAAGGGUGGAACAAUACCUUCACGAGCGACAUCCUCACGGCACCCGGCCGGCAGCAGCUCUUCGACCACGGUGUCGCGCUGCGUCUGGAGUACCCGGAGCUAUACACUGAGACGGAAGUGCUAGCGGCCGACGAGGACCGUGUCGUCGAGUCCGCGCGGUGGUUCAUGUACGGCUACUACGGCCGUGAUUCGGCUGCGACGCUGGUUCCUGUCCCCGAAGACAACGAAACGGUGAGCUGGCUCACGCCCUUCGAGACGUGCGACGCGUGGGACUCGGGGUUCGGGCGGGCGCCUGUCAACCAGUGGGGUGUCGUCUACCUGCCGCCGAUCGCAGCGCGCGUCAACGGCUUGCUAGCGGCCGCGUUCCCGGGCGCCAAUUUCAAUGCGACACACGUCCACGGGAUGCUGUACGCGUGCGCGUACGGUACCGCAGUGUCGGGUGUCGGCUCGUCGCCCUGGUGCCCUGUGUUCGCGCCCGACGAGAUCCUGCACAAUGAGUACGAGUACGACCUGCGGAUGCGCGGCUUCGCUGGCUACGGCCUGCCCGGCGACAUGGGCCCACUACUGGGCAGCCUGCUCGUCGGCAACGCGACGGCGUUCUUGCGGCGCGACCACGGCCCGCCCCUCGCGCUCGCCUUCGGCCACGACAAGACCAUCGCCCUCGGCAUCGCCGCCCUCGGGCUCGCCACCGAUGCUGACUACCCGAUCACGGGUCCCGUCAACCCCGCGAGGGCCUGGCGGUCCGCCGAGCAGACCCCGUUCGCCGCGUACAUGCUCUGGAAGCGGCUGGAGUGCGGCGCUAGGGGCGAAGAGAGCAGGAUCCAGCUCGUGCUCAACGGCGCCAACUUCGGCCUCGGCCCGGCCGGCUGCGCGAGCGACGAGUACGGCUCGUGCGCGUUAGAGGACUUCCUCGCAGCGGAUCGGGUGAUCGCCGCGCUCAAGAUUACCCACGGCGAUGCGAGGUGGAAAGCCUCGUGCAAGACCUGAACUGAAACCACUUCAAUCUCCACGCGCCAUUAUGGUGUGUACGUUGUGACGGCGAGAGGCAUCCAUUGCACGAAAUUUGGAAAAGAUGAAUUUGUAUUUGCCAGCUUUGGUGACGCUAUGAGCAGGUACAAGUGUGGUAAUGUAGGUCCGGGUGAGAAUGACAGCAGGGCAGAAUGGCAUUAUUCCCUCGGGUCUGUUUAGCGUAUGAUCAAAAUGAAACUCAGGCGGGAUGAAAAAAGAUAUUUACCGAAAACUUAGCUGGAGAGGGACGGAGCAAGGGACUCUAUGUGUAAAUUACUAGGUUUCCAUGAUGUUAUGAUGUUAACGGUCACGACUCGCCUAUUCCCCUCUCAUAAGACGCAUUAAUGGUGAUGGCGAUGCGAGAAGAAUUACAACGCUAUACGCACUUUUCUUGAGAA